UUUUUUUUCUUUUUCUUUAUUAUUGUAUACAUAAUGGAGUGUCUUUUUGGAAUCACAGGCAAUGGAUUUACUUUACUCGCUGCUGAUACUGUCAGUGCCCGUAGUAUUGUAGUGAUGAAAGGAACAGAAGACAAGUCGCGCGAAUUAAAUGCACACACGGUGAUGCUUUAUACAGGUGAACCUGGUGACACUGUCAACUUUGCUGAAUAUAUUCAACGCAACAUCAGGUUAUACGGUAUCAGAAAUGGUCUUGAAUUGAGUCCUAAAGCCACAGCCACUUUUACCAGACGUGAGUUAGCUGACUCACUUCGAAGCAGACAUCCUUAUUCUGUCAAUCUGAUUAUUGGUGGUUAUGACACAAAGAGCAAAAAACCUGAGCUUUAUUGGAUUGAUUAUCUUGGGGCUAUGGCCAAAUUACCCUUCUGUGCACAAGGCUAUGGUGCCUACUUUUGUACAUCGCUUAUGGAUAGAUAUUAUAAGGACGACAUGACCCUGGAAGAAGCAAAGAAAUUGAUGGGCAUGUGUAUACAAGAACUCAAGACAAGAUUUAUUGUCAAUUUACCCAAAUUCAAGGUUCAAUUGGUUGAUCAAGAAGGUGUUCAUGAAGUUGAAUUAUAAUUAAAAACAAAAAAAGAGAGCG